AUGGACAUAAAACUAAAAAAUCCUGAAUUCUGGUACAGUCUCCAUGGCCGGGUCCCAGGGCUGCUGGACUGGGACAUGGGGAAUGAGUUCUUCUUGCCCUGCACCACAGACCAAUGCCACUUAGCUGAGCAGAACCUUGCCAAAUAUAGACUCCGAGUAAUGGAGCCCCCAAAGGUGCCUCAAGAGAGCAGACCCAGUCCAGACAAAGAUGGUCCUGACUGUGAAUCUAACCUGUGGAUGUGGGUAAAUCCAAAUAUCAUGUGCCCCCUUGGCAGCCAGGAGACCCUAAAGCCCAGUAAGGAAAAGAAUCUGACAAGAAUGCUUCCUUACCCUCAGCCACUUCCAAGGGAUGAAGAAUCUAACUGCUCAAAGGCCACAGUGAUGGAGUCCUUGCCAACUUCCUCCAACAAGAAAUCUUCCCCACAGAAGCAGUGCACUUAUUCCCCCAGUGACUGGGAGAUCACAGAAGAAAAAACUGAGGAACAAGAUGACAACUGCUCUGUGUCCCUUCAAUCCCCUAACAAAGGGGAGUGCUUCCAGAACCAGAAGCUAUGGCAAGGCAACAGCCAGGAGAGGAGGUCCUGGCCCCGGCCCCCCCUCAAUUACAGUCACCUAAUUGCCCUGGCAUUAAGAAACAGCCCCCCCUGUGGCCUCAAUGUGCAAGAGAUCUACAAUUUCACCCGACAGCAUUUCCCCUUUUUUUGGACAGCUCCAAAUGGCUGGAAAAACACCAUCCGCCACAACCUCUGCUUCCUGGGCAGCUUUGAGAAGGCACCCGUCAACCUUCAGGAUGGGACCAAUGCAAAACCACGGUCUGGCCUCUGGAGGCUUACUGAGGAGGGACAUCGCUGCUUUCAGGAGAAGACUCGUGCCUUAGCCUCUGCUCGGAGGGAGAGCAUCCAACAGUGCAUGAGCCAGCCAGAUGUGAUGACCGCCCUCUUUGGCCUUUGA